AAACAAGAAAGGAAAAAGAAAAUAAUAGGAGUGGUUGAUCAGUUAUUAUACAGUCGGUCGUCGAAAAAAGAAACACUAUCGGAAGCAAUGGCGAGCAGCACUGCGAAUGGAGGUGGCGGCGGGGAAGAGGAAGCGAAGCAAUUAGCUGCUGAGCUCUCCAAAACCCUAAAGGAAGGCGAGAGAAUCCUCGCUCCGACCCGGAGGCCCGACGGCACGCUCCGCAAGCCCAUCCGGAUUAGGGCUGGAUAUGUUCCCCAAGAGGAAGUCGCCAUUUACCAAUCCAAAGGCGCCCUCUGGAAAAAGGAAAUGGCGGCGUUGCAGGAGGAGGUGCCGCCCGGGUACGAUCCUGUGAUGGAGGCUCCAAAGGCUAAGUCGAAAUCAGCGAAGAGGAAUGAAAGGAAGAAAGAAAAGCGUCUGCAGGCUGCUCUUGAAAAGGAAAAGGAUCUAGAAGAUAAUGGUAUUUCAUCUGCUGAAACUCAGAACCAUGUAUCAGAUCAAGUGGAAUCUGUUGCGUCCCAGAUAAAUGAGCUUGCCAUCUCUUCGAAUCCUGUCAACCCUCCAUCAAAUUCAACUGAAUCUUCAACAACAGGGGAUCAUCUUCAGGAAAUUGAUAAAAAAAUCCGAGCACUCAAAAAAAAGAUUCGGCUAACAGAGGCCCAGCAGCAGAAAACGGAUAUAAAGGAUAUGAAGCCGGAACAGUUAGAGAAGGUGGCUAAACUGGAAGGUUGGCACAAUGAAUUAAAGCUUUUGGAGGAUAAAAAGGAUGAACUUGCAGCUUUGGCAACCUGAACUGAUCUUUGUGUUGUAGGGUGAAGGAGCGAUACUAUCUAGGGUUACCUCAUGACGUGUGAUUACUGCAUUGAUAUGCCCAGAUUUUGUUUUUUAGAUGUGUGUGUACUUUAGGCAUGCUACUUCUCUUGUUUAGCUAGCUUCUUCUCAUGCAUGUUUCCACCAACAGUAGGUUGAAUCAACUUACUAGUCUCUAUAUUCACUACCAAAUUCAAACACAUUUCUUUUCUUGCUUCUGCAUUGAUCUCUUAUGACUGUAUGAUUGCUUGGCUGUAUUUUACCCAGCUUCUUGCUCAAUCUAAUUCUGAGUUUAAUUGGACAUUCA